GGGGAGUAUGUUUCCUGGCGGAGCGAUAUUUGUUUACAGGAGGAGGGUUGUACUGUAAGUGAGUAUCGCUGAGAGAGGAGGCGGCUCUGUCAUAAAUUAAUAUUGAAAUUACUCCAUCAGUCCUGCACCCCCUCCUUCCCCCCUACCCCCCCAGCCGAGACCGGUCUCCUGGUAGGAUUGCACACACAUGCACUUGUUGCAGAGCCAUCUAAGAUGCUGCCUGGGCAGGAGUCUUAGAAGCUGAUCUGCAUAAUCCUCAAAACAGGCUCCUUCCCCCACCCGGUGAGCAGCAUGCAAACAGCAUGACGGGCCAUAGGAGAAGUGACCAGAGCCAAACCCUUUACUCAGCCAACUGCUGCCAAGGUCACGGAGUGAAUUGCAUCUCAUUGACCAUUCGACCUUUGGCCUGUGCCCUGACCCUCGUGAAGACGUGAAGCCAUCUGCACUGGCCAUUAGUGUCUCGGGUUGACAAGGAGCCCUCAGCUCCCGCCAUGUAUAUGUACUCCUCAGCUGUUGAGUAGCUCCAGUGGCAACUCUCAGCCUAUCUCAGGGUUUCAUUCUUUUUUCCUUGCCCUUCUCUCCCCUCUCCCCUUUAUUUUUAAUGGUUUUGGUGCCUCUGUAUUUAGGACCAAGUAGGGAGCCAUGGGGGAUCAGCAGAUGUACAAAGCUAAUCAUAGCAUCCAUGGUAAUGAGAACCUUUACUACCAACAGCCGCCGCACAGUGCUCUCAGUGGGGGCAGUGGGAUCAACCACAGUUAUGGGGGUACUGCAUCAACAGGGGGUGGCAUGGAAGCUUCCCAGGCCUCUCCCCUCUCUCCCCACUUCCCCCAGGACUCUCGGGACAGCAUGGGCCUGGUGACUGGUCCCAAGAACCUUGGCUUGAUGGACAACUCAAGGCAGACGGGUUGGGGAGGCCAUGCUGGACCAAACAACCACAUCCAGCUGCGUGGUAGUCUCUCCAACCCAAAUGUGAUGUGGGGGGCAUCUGCUCAGGUGGAACCUGCUGAAGGCUACCCGUACACCUAUCCUCAGUCCAACGACAUCCGGGCCCAGAAGAUCACCAGCGGAGUCCUCCACAAGUUAGACUCUUUCACCCAGGUGUUUGCCAACCAGAACCUAAGGAUCCAGGUCAACAACAUGGCCCAGGUGCUACAUAACCAGUCAUCGGUGAUGGACGGUACCAGUGACAGCGCCCUCCGCCAGUUACUGUCUCAGAAGCCCUCUGAACCUCAGGCGGUAGCAGCACCUCCCGCCAUACCUCCCCGCUACCAGCAGAUGCCCCAUCAGGCCCACUCUGGUUUUGCCAAUGGUCCACCCAAGCCAGCUAUGCAGGGCGGGCAGCACCCCUCCCCAGCCCAUCUGUACUAUGACUACCAACAGCAGACGGCCCAGAUGCCUGCCCAGGGCAGCCAGCCCAUGCAGGGCCAGCAGAUGCUGCCCCAGCCGAUGCCGCAGAUGCAGCAGGCCCACUACUACCUGCAGCAGCCACAGUCAGGACAGCAGCGCAUGCCCAUACCAGAUAUGCAGCAGCAGCAGCAACAGAGCAGGGCACAGCAGCUGCUGCCCCCGGUGCCCCAGCGACCCUGCUCCAUACAGUUACCUCAUUAUUAUCCAACACAGCCCGUGAUGUCCCAGUUACAACAGCCACAGCAGCCGCAGCAACAACAAAUGCAGCUGCAACCCCCCUCCUAUCACAGGGACGCUGGCCCCAAAUCUGUGCAUGAUCCCCAUCAGUACACUCAGGAGCAGGCUCCCCACCCGGUCCAGCUCAUCCAGUUGGGAUCUGUGCCGCAGUACUUCUACCAGGACCCUCAGCCACAGUACAGCCGACACUUCUACCAGCAGAGUCUCUUGCAGCAGCAGCAGCAGCAGCAGCAGCAGCAGCAGCAGCACCGUGAAAAUGUACAGCAGAAGAAUUACCAGAGUGACCGGCAAGCCCAGGCCAUACUGGGCUCCCACGGUGGACUGGGGCUCUCCGACCCAGGGAUGGAGGAGAUGAACUCAGUUGGCAACAGUCUGACCCAUCGGCCUCUCCUGCCACAAGUGGGGAUUCACCUCAACAGCAAGGGACCCCAGCACCAGCAGCUGUCUCCUGGUUCUGUGUGGUCCCAGAUGCACCUCUCUGAUGGCCGAGCCCAGCCACUGUCUCCUGAUCCAAGCGCUCAGCCCACAGGGGUAUUUGGGGAACAGCACGAUGCUAAGAACAAAUUGACAUGUUCCAUCUGCUUCAAGGAGUUCAAGAGUCUGCCUGCCCUGAACGGCCAUAUGAGGUCGCAUGGGGGCAUGCGAGCCUCCCCCAGCUUCAAGCAGGAGGAAGGAGAGAAGGCUCUGCAGCUCCAGCCACCUCCACCACCCCAGCAGCAGCAGCAGCAGCAGCCGCCGCCGCCGCCACCUCCGCCGCCGCUGCCGCCCCAGUCGCAGCUCCCUCCUGAGGUGGAAAACCCCCUUCCUAUCGUCAUGCCCGUGUCUGUCCCUGUCAAGCUUCUCUCGCCUGAGCCCAGCCCACAGGUCAUCACCAACAACAUCACUGCUGCCAGAGACAAGCCGGCCAGCUCAAUAUCGGACGACGAGAUGCCCGUUCUCGUGAGGAUGACCCUCUCUCCCCCGAAUUCACCCAAAGUGGCUGCCCCCUGUGCACCCUCUGAAAUACCCAGAAAGCAUCAGCCAGGCAUGGCCAGAGCUGAAGAACACUUUAAGCCCACCCAGGACAAGAAGAAAUAUCGCCACCGUCCAGAACCACUCUUCAUCCCCCCUCCCUCCUUUAACCUGAACACCUCCUCUUACUCAGCGGCCACCUUGUAUCAGAGCCAGCUGCGAUCCCCCCGCAUCCUAGGGGACCACCUCCUGGACCCCGCUCACGAGCUGCCUCCCUACACACCCCCACCUAUGCUGAGCCCUGUCCGGCAGGGUUCUGGCCUCUUCAGUAAUGUCAUGAGCACCUCCUCCCAUGGUGGCCCCCACCCGCAGCUGCCACUCACUCCCUUGACACCCACACCCAGAGUGCUCCUCUGCCGUUCAAACAGCAUCGAUGGUGGUAACUCAGCACUCACACCAGGCCUUGGGGAACAGGCAUUGGAUAUUGAACCACGCAUCAACAUUGGUGUGAGAUUCCAAGCAGAGAUCCCUGAACUCCAGGAUGUGUCUUCCCUGAGCAAGGACACACACAAGGCCACACUGGUAUGGAAGCCCUGGCCAGAGCUGGAAAACCAAGAGUUCCAGAAGAGAGUGGAAAAUCUACUGAAUUUGUGUUGUUCAAGUGCGUUGCCAGGGGGAGGGACAAAUUCUGAAUUUGCCUUGCACUCUCUCUUUGAGGCCAAAGGUGAUAUUAUGGCUGCUUUGGAAAUGCUCCUGCUGAAGAAACCUAUCAGAUUUAAAUGUCAUCCUUUAGCAAAUUACCACUAUGCUGGAUCGGACAAGUGGACCUCCCUAGAAAGAAAACUAUUUAACAAAGCACUAGCCACUUACAGCAAAGAUUUUAUUUUUGUACAGAAGAUGGUGAAGUCCAAGACGGUGGCCCAAUGUGUUGAGUAUUACUACACGUGGAAGAAAAUCAUGCGCUUAGGCCGGAAACAUCGGACGCGUCUUGCCGAGAUCAUAGAUGAUUGUGCGGUCAAUGGCACACUUAGGAAGACACCUCUGGGUGGAGCAAAGACGAGUGAGGAAGAGGAGGAUAUAGAAGAUGAUGAUGACUUGGAAGAAGACAGCAAGUCCACAAAGGAAGAUGACCCCGAUGUGCAGAAGUCCCCAGAUCCUCCCCCAAUCACGCUGGUGGCGCCCAUAGACCUGCCAACGCUUCAGAGCCUUACGCCCUCCUCAAUCUCCUUUGUCUGUGAAAUGCCAAACUGUGGUUCUGUGUUCAGCUCUCGGCAGGCAUUGAACGGCCAUGCCCGCAUCCACGGUGGCACAAACCAGGUGGCCAAAGCCCGGUGCUCGGUUCCCCCUGCAAAGCAGAAACAAGGUGCCCAGAGCGGCUACUGUUCCGUGAAAAGCUCACCAGCUCACAGCACAGCAAGUGGUGAGACCGACCCAACCACUGUCUUCCCCUGCAAGGAGUGUGGGAAGGUGUUUUUCAAGAUCAAAAGCCGUAAUGCCCACAUGAAGACACACAGACAACAGGAGGAACAACAGAGGCAAAAAGCCCAGAAAGCUGCAGUCGCUGCCGAAAUGGCAGCCGCUAUUGAGAGGACUACUGGGCCGGUGGGACCUGGGCUGAUUCCCCUGGACCAUCUGAGCUUAAUAAAGCAUGUGGAAGAUGUUGACAUUCUCGGUGAUGAUGUCGUCCAGGAGUUGGGAGGUGUCAUCGAAGAGACUGAAGUGGUGGACACAGACCUGCUCUUGGACGAUGACACCAGUCUGCUGCAUGGUGACACAGAACUGUAAAGAAUCAUGUCUCCCUGAGAGACAGUUCAGGCCCUUGGCGCUCGCCCUUACUGGUCAGGAACCCAUGACUGUCUGCAUUGUUUGCAACCAUUUUAAACUAUCUGUUUUAAAAAAAGAGUUCCUUUUAUUCAGAUCCAAAAAAAAAGAAAGAAAAAGAAAAAUCUUUAUUUUUUUCCCUUUUUUAAAAAAAAUUUUUUUGGGGGGUGGGAGGAAAAUAAAUAAUUGGCACAAAUAUCUUUAAGAAAUGUUUCAUCUGGGUUAUGUUCUCAUGAGUUUACUCCUGACAGCUAGUGAAGGUGGGCCUGAUGUUUCCAUCUCCAUUUUCCCCCAGAUGUUUCAUGGGAAAGAUUUCAAGUCUCAGGCAUCAAGUUCACAUUUUACCCAAAGCUUCUCAUGUCCCUCGAGGGCACUACAGAUUUAGGUUGGGGACUCGGGCCAUGCUUUGCCAGGCAAUGCAAGAGUCCACGUUCCAUUGUUCCACUACAUCUUUACAACUGGAUGCAGUGGUAGUAAAUUGGGCGAAAUAGGCCCUUUUCUGUCCUUGUUCCUUCAUACACAUCCUUGGAUAAGUUGAGCCAAUGUGAAUGAAGGUCCAUCUUCACACUGCCUUUCUUGUAAAUGGUGGUUCUUUUUACAGGAAUCAAAGUGCUAUGUGUUCUCAGGCUUCUCUCCAUCAGGGUUCUUAAUAAGGCAGUAGUUUACCAUUCCCCCAGGUGGGAGAACAGAGCUAAUGCUUCUGUGGGUGGAGCCCACUUGGGAUUAAAAUGCUGCUUGUUAGGAGGGUCACAUUUGGUGACCCUGACCUCACUGGUGACAGCUACUGUGGUGUUAGAAGGGGUGAGGGGGAUCCCAGGCUACAUGCCUACUAGAAGUAUGAGGUAUACUGAUAUAGCGGGUUGGGAGUUCUUCCAUUUGUAGGGAGGGAGAGAGAGUAGUGGAGUUCCUAAGGUAAGGAGUUGUCUUAGGAAACAGGCUUUACUUUGUAGAACGAGGUAGCUGAUAGGAGGUCAUAUUCCUUUUAAUACCAUUGUUCAUACUCAACAGGGGAGCCCAAAACAAGACCUUGUGCCGUUUAGAAGUACUGUGAAAACUCAUUAGAACUUAGCUUGGACUCACAGAUGCUGGAUUGAAGUUUACCUCUGCACUAACUAUGGGAUGGGGAAGGGUUUGUCAAGCCAACAAGUGGUCAUAAACAGGGAAAUACUGAGUGAAGAAGGCCCAUGGUGAUUCCACCACACCCCUUUGGCCACGGUGUUCUAGCAUUCAAACCCAGAAUAUGCUUAGUGUGAAUGAUUUACUAAAGUAAUUUUUGGGGUUCUCUCAAGACACAGCUGGGCUCUUCCUUCCCUUGACCCUGACAGCAGUGUUACUGUGCAUACUUGAAAGUAAUAAAUCUUCAAUUCUUUUACAAGUAGUUUAUAUUAGCUCAGAUACUUUUCCACUUCAGACAAGACAGACUGUCUUCCGCUAUACUUGGGGAAACUAGAGAGGUUCCAGGAUUGGGAUCUAAUCUGGUGGAGAACGGUGUUCUCACAGACAACCACUGUAAAGUGAAUGCCAUGUGACUUUUUAAACCUUUUUCGAGGCUUCUGGCCUUCUUCCCACCCAUAAUCUCUCAUUCUCUGUCUCUGAGGACCCUGGUUUCUUGCGCUGAUCCAGUGAGUGACAUACCCCAUCAGUGGCUUGGAAUUGGAUAGGAUUAGAGAAGGAGUGAGGGGGUUUCAGGAGAGAAGAACCUGGUCAGUUUUCAUAGUGGCCUUUCAACAUCCUCCAGCGAACAUCCCUCCGGGAAAAGGCCAGCUAAUGUCUUCCAUCACACAGGCAGCUCAGCCUCACUCCUGGCUUAUGCACAAAAGCCUCAGAGCAGAAUGACAAGAAUAAUUAUAAGCAAAUGAACAAAUGAGCCUCGUUUCAAUCAAUUUGUGCUUAAAAAAAUGGAAUUUCCUAGUUUCCCUCUCCCUCUGCUUAAAAUAUAUAUAUAUAUAUAUAGUUGUAUGUCACUCAUUGUCAUUUCAGAUGGGUUUUGAAGCCUCAAAUUUCAUGCAUCUUUUAAAUGAACUUUUUUUUGCAUGUUUUGAGGGGUUUCUGGCAGCCUCCCCUAUGUAUUACAAAACUAUUCAACCCAGGACCUUCCAUGUCAUGGGUGUGAUGGUUGGACUCCCAGGCCAGUCAUGCCCCUGAGUAAAUAGAGCCCCAGAUUUAGUAGGAUGGUUCUAGGGUAGCCCUGUUUCUGGGUCCAAGGUCACAGCAAUCUCUGGGAUCUGAAAGUCUGUUUGUCAAACAUAAAAAACAUACAGAGUUUAUAAACAGUUGGUGCAUUCCUUCUAUUGAGACGAUGACCCACGUGUCCCAGUUUUUAACAUUAAAGAGACAAAACUCAGAAGGCACAAUUUUGUUUAACUUUCUACUUAGUUCCACAUAAUACUAUUGAUGUUAAAUAACCAAAGAAUUUUCCCUUCACAGACAGAUGGUUCCAGUUCCUGAAUUCGUAUUUCCUGAUCACUUAUACAUAAAAGAAUCAAAUUCAUAUUAAAAGAAUGCACUUACUUUCUACUUUUACUUUUCCUUAAGAAAAAAAAAUAUUCUGCCUGCAUCAAUAUCUUGUUUUGGCUUCUUCCCCCUCCAAAAAAACAAAACAAAACAAAACAAUAAGCAACACUUUUCACUUUUAAUGGUUAAUGUCUUCAACAAGAUUGAUGUUUACUCUCAGAUGUUUUCACUAGUGAAUCUAGUCCUCUUUGAGAAAGCUUGUACAGAAAAAGUUAACAGAUAUAUUUUAUGGAAAAAAAAGCCCAUCUUAUUUUCAGAUAUAUUUAACUGCUGUUAUAUUUUAUUAGCAGAAGGGUGUAAAUAUUUUCUAGGAGUUCUAUUGUAAAGAAGAGUAUUUUUGAAAAAAAAAAGUUUAAUGUAUUAAAAAGGAAAACAACAUUUUAAAGCUGUGGUUACGUUCGGUUCCUGUUAUUACUUCCUGAUGUUCUGUUCUCAACGGCUCGCUUGCAUGCCUUCUCUUUGCUGGAUGUAAUUUAUUCGGGUUUGUGCCAUUUUUGAGUUUGAUUUCAUGAUCUUUGGUGUGUUCGGCUGUAUUUUCCCAGCAUGCAGUAUACUUGGUACAUUGCCAAAGCGCUUUGUAUGACAUAUUCAUAGUAUUUCCUUUUGUGAUGUGUUGUGUUUGUGUGUGUGUGUUUUUUUUUAAAGAAAGAAAAAUAAAGAACUUUAUGUCUCA